UUCAUUUCUUUCAUUUCCCUGAGAUCCACUUCUCCCUCGACUUCUCCUCUACUUCUCCCUCUUAAUACUCACUUCUUCCAUCCCUCGCUUCUCUUCCCCCCCCCUCUCUCUCAUUCUUUAGCCACUUCGUAGUAUUUCUUGCAUUCUUCCCAGCUUCGAAUCCCGCUUCUCCGGCGGAUUCUCAUUGUUUGAUUGGUGUCUGGAUUCUCUCCUUUUCCCACGGUCCUGCAAGUCUGUCGGAUUGGUUCUGUUCAGACAACUCCAUCACAUCCAGUCAUCAUGGUCCGCAUCACUUCGUCUCUGUUGCUGGCCGCAUUGGCUACCUCGGUCUGGGCCGGCAGUGCUCCCAAGUGUAAUUCCGACAAGCAAUGCCCGGAGAAAUUCCCUUGCUGCUCUCAAUACGGCGAGUGUGGAACUGGUGGCUACUGUCUCGGCGGCUGUGACCCUCUGGCCUCCUUCUCCGUCGACUCCUGCGCCCCCGAACCCGUCUGCAAGAGCACCACCUACAAGUGGGACAACCUCGACAAUGCCGGCCUCAACACCAAGUACCUGGGCGAUGCCUCCAAGACCGAUUGGACCUACAGCGGCUUCCCCGAGGUGAAGGACGGCAACCUGUACAUCAACAUGCCCAAGAACAGCGUCGGCACCCUCUUCGCCAACAACCACUACGUCUGGUACGGAAAGAUCUCCGCCAAGAUCAAGAGCAGCCGUGGCGCCGGUGUCGUCACGGGCUUCAUCUUCCUGUCCGACUCCAAGGAUGAGAUUGACCUGGAGUUUGUCGGCUCCGAUCUGCGGAACGUCCAGACCAACUACUACUUCCAGGGAAUUUUGGACUACGAAAACGGAGGCAAAUCGCCUGUCGACAAUACCUACGCCGAUUGGCACGAAUACGAGAUCGACUGGAAGCCCGAGGCCAUCACCUGGUCCGUCGACGGCAAGGUGGUCCGCACCCUCAAGCGCGACGAAACCUGGAAUGACAAGACCAAGCGCUACGACUACCCGCAGACGCCCUCCCGCAUGCAGCUCUCGCUCUGGCCCGCCGGCCAGGCCAGCAACGCCGAAGGCACCAAGGAGUGGGCCGGCGGUGAGAUCGACUGGGACCACGAGGACAUCAAGAAGCACGGCAAGUACUCGGCCGCCUUCGGGCCCAUCACCGUCGAGUGCUACGACCCGCCCAAGGACGCCGACCAGCAGGGCGACAAGGCGUACAUCUUCACCGACGACAAGGGCAUCGAGAGCUCCAUCCGCAUGACCAACAACAACACCGUGCUCGCCUCGCUCGGCGCCACCGGUCUCGACAUGGACGUCGGCUCCAAGUCCUCCGCCUCGCCCUCCGAGUCCAAUUCCGCCUCCAGCUCCCCGACCAACACCGUUCCCGAGAAUCACGGUGGCUCGGGCAACGAGCCGGGAAGCAACAGCGGCGGCGGUAGCAGCGGCGGUAGCUCCGACGGCGGGGAUGAGGAUUCCUCCAGCGGAUCAAGCCCCGGAUUCAGCCAAGACGGCAGCGACAGCAGCAACGACAGCGGCAGUGGCACCAACGGCUCCAGCGGAGCAGCCUCGCAGAACGAGCGCGUCCUGCGCGGAUCCUUCUUCGCCGUGUUGGUCGCCGUUGUCGUGAUGAUCACUCUGUGAAAAGCUUGACACUUCCUCAUCUCUUUCAGCUUUUCCCGUGAAUAUUUUUUUUUUCUUCUUUACCCCGGCACUCAGCCCUGUAUGAUUUCGACAACUUCACUUCUCAUGGCCAUCUCCCGGGAGAAGCCACCUUUUUUGCUUUACAUUUUCUUCCCUUCGUUCUAUACCAACCAUUUUAACUAAUCAAUAUUUGAUUGGAUGUUUUUUUGAUGUGAUUAUAUGAUUCGGCGCAGGAUUGGCCGUGGCGGACAGACGGAUUACCUACUUAAUAUGUUUGCUUUUGGGUGGCAGAUAGUGGACGGACGUUAAUAUGUAUGCUAGUGGAUGUCAGUUAAUACCCUG